GGUGUUCGUGAGCGUGUGUUGAGGGCGGCGUUCUUACAAGCCCGGAUUAUGGCCAUCACAUCACUCUAUUUCAUUUAAUAACUAUAUGCCUCUUAAAGGGUAGCCAGUGUGGCCUAGUGUCCCUGCAGACGACUGUCACCCCCCUGGCAGGCUGGCACCAGGUGGCACUCUAUGGCACCACCUGACCUCUACCACUUCCCGCACCUCCUCCUACACCAGGCUGCUCACUGGUAUACCUGUGUCACCCACAAGGUCGGCCGUAGAGCCCAAUAGGCUCAGGAACCUGUACACCUGUUGAUUGACGGUUGAGAGGCGGGGCCAAAGAGCCAGAGCUCAACCCCCGCAAGCACAAAUAGGAAUGAGUUUGUGGUAAAAUAGUUGAAUUUCAAGCAAAGCAAAAUUCUAAGCAAAAGUUGAAUUCCAAGACAAUGAAGACUGGUGGAGACUUCCGUGAUCACCUCGUGGAUCUUACAGACGGUGGGACCAGAUCAGGAGAUUCAAGCACUGAUAAACAACCACAACGGAAGAAUACUCCUGGUCGCAUGAGACUUGAAAAGUGGCUUCAUUCGUCCAUGAAAAUCGAGAUGACUGAUGGUCGAACCCUUGUUGGAUCCUUCGUGUGUACUGAUCGGGAUAAUAAUAUAAUUCUUGGGUCUUGUACAGAGCAUCUUAGACCGGAUGAGAAGGUAAGGGAGUGUUGGAGCAGUCACAGCCUCCCUGUGUCUGUCAACCAGGCCCACCUGGGAUGCUACUGGCACACAGGUCCUGCCGAUGCUACCCGCUUCAGGAGUCAUGCAGCCAGUCAGAUGUGUUUACAAUUUGAGGAUGGACGAGAGGAGGAGCCAAGAGUUUUGGGGUUAGCGAUGAUUCCCGGGAGACACAUUGUUUCAAUCUGCAUCGACGAAGCUUCUCAACCCCCCCAACCCCCUACAAGCCUGUAUACAUAACUGGUGUUUCAUAGACAGCAGCUGGUGUUAUAUACCAGUCGUAAACUGCUCUUUUCAUAAUUGUAGAGCAAAUUUACCUGUAGCAAGUUUUUGAUGCUUUGUAAAGGGAAAAUAAUAUGCUGACUGAGAUAAUAAAUAAAUGUUCAUGCACUGUAUACCUGUAAUAGAUAACUAGCUCAAGUAUAAAAUGUAUGUUCAGUAUUGUUCGGCAAGUUCACCAAAUUGAGAUAUAUUUUGUUAGUACCGUAUUUGUAUUUCCACUGUCAAACUUUACUUAAAAUUUUAGUGUAUAAAAAUACAUAAAAGCUUUUCACAUCUA